AUGGCAACGAGUACAUCGCAAGCUUCGCCGACAGUAGUAUCGCAAACCACGGCAUCGACGCUUGUUCCGAGCGAUGCCCCAGCUAUCAACGCGCAACCUGUUGAGUUGGAUGCUAGUGCGAGUGUGACGCCUGAGGAGGUGAGGAGGCGACGAGGGAGUGAGAUUCGUGGGGGCAGUGAGGUAUGA